AUGCCGGAGCAGCUCGUGCAGCAGGCCGAAUUGCAAUCACAGCUUUUGGCGCAGGAAGGUGCUGAAGCAGGCGAUUUGGUAGAGGCACAGCGACGGGCUGCAAAGAAGGAAUCCAACAAGGCCAGCAAAGAGGCCAAGAAAAAAACCGCCCCCGCAGUCAAAGGAAAGGGAAAGGACACCGCAACAGAUGAUGCAGUGCGUUGGGAGCAGGUGCCGCCUGGCUUUCAGGGUGAGCGCCGGUCGUUCACAGCAACGAUCCCCGGCUGUGACUCCCGUGCAACUGUUCUGUGGUACGAUGCAAGUAUAUAUGUGAAGAAAUCCCGGGGAUUGCAAGAGCCAGAGAUCAAGAUCGACCAGAAGGGGGGCUCCACGAUGAGUGUCCGCAAGCAUGGCGGCUGGACAGCUGCCUGGAAGCUGGCCCAGAAGUGUGGCC